UCAGUUACGGCCUGUUCCCCAACCUCGGCGCUACGGUGCGUGUCCAACGCGACCCUGUCUUGUUUACCUGCUACUGCCUCCGCACUUGUGCCCCUCUCAGAAGUGCUUUUUCCACUAAUUACUUUACUUUUCCGACUUCAAACCCGGUGAAUUGGAUUACAGUGCUGUGUUUCGUACUCUGUCAGUACUAUUUUAAAGUGUUUCGGAUCCCUUCUCCAAUCUUCUAAACGUGUUUCUGGAUCUACACAUUGUGUUUCACGUCUUCGACGUACUCUUUCAGUACUAUCGCUUAGAAUCCUUUGCUGGUGUCUUCGUUUCUUAAACGCGUUUUCACGUGUGUGACGUACUCUGUCAGUACUAUUCUUGAGUGAAUUAACAGCCCAUUUUUCAUCUUUUCAACGUGUUUCUGGUUCCAGAUCCUCAAACCUAACCGUGUAUCGCCAACGUUAAAUUCGUUAAUUAGUUACACACCGGUGUAGAAUGCUGGAUGCUUUAUUGGUUAACCUCAAUUUCCCCGGUCAGUCGAAGUAAAAAUAGUUGCUGGGUCGGGACAACCCUCAUCCCUUCGAGUGAUUAGUUAAACGUUUCUGUCGAGCCUCGUGCUAUUCGUUUUCUGGAUGGAAACAUGAAUUUUGUCCUGUUCAGUGCGCGCGGUUUAUCGAUAGUGGUCCACGAAAUUAUGAAAUUGGUAUAAAAUGCCCGAGAAGCAAGUGUUUCACCCUUAUCAUCACCCCAACCCCGGAUUAGCGUUCUCGUCUGCUUUCGCGGCGUUUCCCGCCCCCAUCCCCGUGGAUCAAAGAGCGCAUGAAGGAAGGUACCUCUGGGAUCCCUCAGGGAGAGUUGGUCACCCAGGAGCGCCUCACGGAGCUUUUCACCACCCCGCUGCCCACGGAUUAACCGGUUCAGGAUCCGACCUCGGGGGCCUACUAUCGCGGAGGGGUGCUGGGGGGGUUUUGCCCCCACACCCCCACGCACAAGGUCCCGCUGAAUACCACUCUGCCUACCAUUCUUACAUGGAUCACCUCUACUCCUCCUUAUCUGCAAGCUCCACUGCUCCAAUCCAUGGACUGGGCUUGGCUCCCGACUACCUGAGUUCCAGGGCGCUCUCGGAACUGCAGCAAGCCUCCUCCCUGGCCAGCGUCGACUUCAGUUUCUCCCUCGAAGGGUCCCGAGUGGGUAGUCCGCGGAGCAGUCUGCGGCAGGACCGGAAGAGGGCGCUGUCGUCGUCGCCGUACCUGGACUCGCUGGACAUCAACUCGCUCUCCCGCUUCUCGCCCUCGCUCGUCUCCAUCGUCAACUUCUCGAACGUCUCCCGCUCCUCUUCGGCGAGCGGCUCCUACGGGCACCUCUCGGCCGGCGCCCUCAGCCCCGCCCUCUCCCACCCCAACAUGACCCCGCACCUCUCCCAGCUCCAGGCCCACCUCCUCCGCUCCGGCACCCUCCUCCCCGCCCACCCCCUCCAGCACCCCACCGCCCUCUACCACCACCCCCUCUCCUACGAUCUCCCCAAAAGCGAGAUUAUUCAUGACUCGUGUAAGUUGGUGGACAGAGUCAAAGCUGAGGCAGACACAAGUGACCAGCUAUGUGGACAGCGCAAGCCAACCCGAGUGAAGAAAGAGUCAUCAAAACAGUUGUCACCAGAGUCCGCGAGUGACCUCAAGGAUGAGCCUGGUGAUUUCAUCGAAACAAAUUGUCAUUGGAAGAAUUGCGGUCGCGAAUUCCUUACACAGGAUCAUCUUGUAAAGCACAUAAAUGAAGAUCACAUCCAUGCGAACAAGAAGUGCUUUGUUUGUCGGUGGGAGGAGUGCUCAAGAGAAGAAAAGCCAUUCAAAGCUCAAUACAUGUUAGUUGUUCACAUGCGUAGGCACACUGGAGAAAAACCACACAAGUGCACAUUUGAAGGCUGCAGUAAAGCUUACUCUAGGUUAGAAAAUUUAAAAACUCAUUUAAGAUCUCAUACUGGUGAAAAACCUUAUACCUGUGAAUAUCCCGGUUGCCAUAAAGCAUUCAGUAAUGCAUCAGACAGAGCAAAACAUCAGAAUAGAACUCAUUCAAGUGAGAAACCAUAUAUUUGUAAAGCACCUGGUUGCGUUAAGCGGUACACUGAUCCUAGUUCCUUACGAAAGCACGUUAAAACUGUUCAUGGUCCUGAAUUUUACGCCAACAAGAAGCACAAAGGCGGACACACAGAUGGUGGCGAUGACAGCAUGGGCGGAAUGUCUCCAUCACGCUCUGAUGAUAAUCCUAUGAGCACAAAAACAGCAAGAAGCUCUAGUCCUUCAAUCAAAUCUGAGGAAACGAACUCGCCAGGUCAGCAAGGAAGUCCAAUGAGUGUUCCCUCCCAGGGAUAUAAUCUGCACGAUGAUUAUACGAGUGAUACCAUGUCACAUCCAGGCCUGGACGAUCAGUGGGUGGAAGAGGCAGAAGAUUUCGAUCUGUUUGAUUUACCCGCUGAACUUCAGGCUGUUGUUGGAUUAGCAACUGCCCCAGUGCAACGACACAAUAUCCACAACAUGAAAGUCAAAAUGGGUGCCAAAAGUGUUCCUUCUCUACCAAUAAUGCCUCAUCACCAAGGUGACCGAAGAAGUUUUGGUGGGAUCAGCGAUUUGAACCGUAAAAUUACGGACCUGAAAGUUGCAGGAGGAAAUGGAGGAGACACUAUCAUCCGACGGGAUUCCAACUCGACGGUCAGUAAUUAUGGGAGCAUGAAGUCGGCAGAUUUGGAUAGUCGCAGGAAUAGUCAAGUUUCACAGACGUCCGAACAUCACCGAUUGAGCGACGCAUCUUUCUAUGAUCCAAUCUCAGUGGGCUCAUCUCGACGUUCCAGCACUGCCAGCUCUAAUAUGGGAUUUGGCUCGCAGAUGAACCCAAUGUGGUCCUCGUGUGCAACCACCGUCCUUGCAAACAGCACUGCCAGUGGGGUUGAAAACAGGCGCAUGUCUGAGCCUUGUCAACCUGUUUCCGCUCCAUCGAUGAUGCCCAGACCUCGGUCAGCCUCACUCACAACCGAUCACCCGAACCAAGAGGUCAUUUUGGACUCGUUUGAUGACGAAGCUAUAGAGAACAAGCUUGUCCUUCCCGAUGAGGUGCUCAAUUUCCUCCAUGAAAAUCAGGUACCACAGCCUUCUCCUGAGUCUAUGAAUUGGCAGAUAAGAAGUCCUAUGAGCCAAAUGAGCACGAUUUCUGAGUCAAGUGCAAUGCCGCAAAACAUGGAAAGCUCCAUAGAUACCAGCAAUUAUAACUCCGCCCCUCAAAUGAAUCCCACUGUUGGUGGACAGAUGAACUCCAACGUUAACGGUCCAAUGUCUUCAGGCAUGGGUAGUCAACAUAAUACGAGUAAUCAAAUGCAUGCAGGGCAGAUGAAUCCACAAAUUUAUCAUAAUAUGAGCAGCCAAUUGAAUGCUGGUGCUAAUGUUCAAAUGUAUCCAGUAGUCAACAACCAAAUGAACCCUGCCAUGAAUGGUCAAAUGGCCCCUGGUGCAAAUAGUCAAAUGAACCCAGUAGUAAGCGGACAAAUGAACACCGCGGUCCCAGGUGUAAAUAACCAAAUCAAUGUAAAUAAUCAGACCAUGAAUGGACCCACCUCAAAUGUUCCCAUCGGGCAAACAAAUCCUCAGAUGAACCCUACCGCCAAUGGUCCGUUGAAUCCUCCUGUCAACGGUCCGAUGAACCCAGUAAUGAAUGGACAGAUGUCUUUCGCUGGCGCUUCUCCCUUAAAAUAUCCAAACAGUAGUUCCCCCAUGAGUCACCCAAGUAACCAUUCACCAAUGAGUUAUCCGAAUAGUCAUUCUCCAAUGAAUCACCCUCACUCGCCGAUGAACCAUCCGCAUUCACCCAUGAACCAUCCUCAUUCCCCUAUGAAUCAUCCUCAGUCUCCGAUGAAUCAUCCUCAUUCUCCGAUGAGUCACCCAUCUAAUGCCACAAUGAACCAUCCAGCAAACCCUCCAAUGAACCACCCAGCUAAUCCCUCCAUGAACCACCCAGCUAAUCCCUCCAUGAACCACCCAGUGAAUUCUCCAAUGAACCAUCCAGCGAAUUCGCCUAUGAACCAUCCAACAAAUCCACCAAUGAACCAUCCAGCGAAUCCCUCGAUGAACCAUCCGAACCAUAUCGCGAAUAUGAAUAUGGCCAUGCACCCCUUAGGCAAUCAAAAUUUCCACUAUAAUCAAAUGAUGAACAAUUCUUUUGUGCCAAACAUGGCGGGUCAACAUGGGUUUCAUCAAAACCACAUGAUGCCUAACGCACAGCAAAUGCCUCAGAAUAAGUGUCAUUCAAUUAGUAAAAAUAUUCCCCGAAUAACAUCUUAUCAGUGAUCUCUUUUGGAAUAAGCCUAUUUGUUGGGCAGUAAGUAGGUAAUUUUGUAUUCUUUCAUUAUGGUGCCUUAAUUUUUUUUGUCAAAUUCUUAGAUAGUAAGCAAAUUAGGGUGGCCGUACAGUUUGGAACUAAUAAUGGUGCAACCAGGAAAACACUUCUCAUGACCUAAAACGUCCAUCUACCUUCUCAGCGAUGCCUGUUGAUCUCAAAAUGGUUCAUCCUAGAAUGAAUGUGUUACGUAGCCACAACAGGAUGUUACGGACAAAGCUAUCGCUUUAAGCUUCAAGCAAACUGGUAUGUUCUGAAACUUAAAUGGAGGUGUUUUUUUGUGACUGUACCAAAAAUAUCACGAUGUUUUAUCAUCAUGUAAGUUCUUGUGGGCCAUCUGUUCUCUCUUUACUCGAACAAUAUCGUCAGAGAUCGAUAUGUUAUUGUUAGAAUACUCAUUCUUCUGUAUUUGUCAAAUGAUAGAUGAAGAACUAUCAGCAAAAACUGCAUGAUAAUUUUGCCACUCAACCGGUUAUUGAUGUGACUUCAGUUGUUCAUGUUUUCCGGUGUGUUUUCGGAGUUGAUUCACAGGUUUUUACUUGAGAUUUUUUUGAAUGUGCCCGGUGCGCCCACCUAUCUUUUGUAAUUUGAUAAUUUCAUAUGGUCUUUGAUCGUGCUUUAGGAACAGAACCUCGCAUUAAAUAGGAAUAAGAUCAAAUUUUUACUUUAUAUAGCUAUGUAUGUAUGUAAGCAUGUACCUACUGUUUGGGACUAAGUCUGAUUGUGAAUAUUGUAUGUUCAACUUUGUAGAUUCUAUUGUACAAUUGCACAGGUGUAAAAAAACUGAUUUAAACGAUGGAUUUUCUCGAAUGUUUGAGCUUGAAAUUUGAUAUUCCUCAACAAAGAGUCAUCUUUUAUUUUUGUUAAAUCUAAAAUUAUAAAUGAAAAGGAGAUUUGUCGUGGCCUUAAAUUUUAAAAAGACUGAAAUUACUCCUCAAGUUUUAAUGCCUAUUCCAGUUUCAGGGUAACUUUUCUGUCACUUUCUACCACAAUCCUUAGACUGAAUCCGGAUUGCAAAAUAUGUAGCCAAAAUGCACCAAAAUAUUACCUAAAUGAAAAAAAAGUGCAAGGCCUCAACUCUAGUAGAAUGUCAAUAGAGCAUCAUCUUUGAGUACCAAAUUCUCACUCAAACCUCUCGCUGCAAUCAAUGUUUUUCAUUAUUCAGGCAUUUAAUUUGUGGCAAACACGGAAGGUAAUUAAUGUGAGCGACUCUUGUCAAGGUUGCUCUUUCAAGCUGUAUUUUAAAGACUGUCAAAUUUUACUUCUAUGCCUUGCAUAGAAGUUUAUUAUUUGCUUCAGGGCAAACAAUUUUGGGUGAAAUAAAUUAAUCAAUGAGAAAGUUGAUUAAAUUGCUUUUUGUCUCUAAAUUCUGCCUGUUUGUCUCAGCAUCAACUAUUUUAGAUCACUAAGAAAUGUGAAAAUCUGUAUGGAUAAUAGUCGCUUUCUGUUAAAUGAAAUUUUGUAAACAAGUUAUAUCCUAGAGACUGACUCAACUAAUGACUGAAAUUUAGUAUAAACGAAGUAAAGUAAGGGUCCAAUAGCCAUGCAUUAUUUGAUUUCUUGAAUGUUUUGUUAGAUCUACAAAAUGAGAUGCUCACAUGUCAAUGGUGAGACUGCAGAAACUCUAUCUAUGUUUGCGACGUUGCAGGCUUCCUGCCAUACUUUAUUUUUCACAUGGGGAACCAAUAGGCGUAAUUUCUCAAGAACUUUGGAUGUGUUUUUUCCCUACAAGAAAAAUAUUCUACCAAAAUUUAUAGCCGGAAGGUUGGCUGGACUUCCCUUUAAAUGGUGAAACAUAGGAGGAGAUUUUGAAAAGCUGCAACGGAGAUAGGUAUUUUUGAAGUUUCUCCAUGGAUCUGCAGGAGCACUUGAUUCAAUGGAAAGUUCACUGACUUUCUAAAGUUAACUUUCUGAGUUUAUGGAGGUAUAGAAUUAAAAACAUUAUACUGAUAUCCUUUGUAUAUUUUAUCAUGCUAAAUAUUUAUUUUUUUUGUGAUCUCUCUGUAUCUUAGUGACAGUUAAACUAUUUAUUGAAAGACUUGGUGUUAAUCUUUUAGUUGCCACAUUGAUAAAAUUGAAAGUUCGAUUGCAUUUUGCUGAUGGGGCAAACUACCAUCAAUUAUCAUUCUUGAGCCUUUGGUCCUUUUCAAACUAUUCAAAGCGUGGUUUUUCAAUCCUCCUUGCCUCUCUCCCCCCCUUUCAAAAUAACUGUUAAGUAAACUUAAAUGCGGCAAAAUAGAUCUAUUACCCACCUUGUCAUUUUAAAAUUAGCCCUCUAAAUGUCUGUUGGCGGAGUCAAGGCACUUGGUGGUAUUAACUAAUUUUAGUUCUUAGAAUUCAUAAGGUCUGUCCUCUUUUUCAAUUUUUACGAGAAGUUCACAUGACCAAAGCAUCCCAGCAUUUGAAGUUCAGCAUCUCAUCAUUGUAUUAUUUGCUCACUGAAAAUUUUGUAGCACAACCAUCAAUAUUUUCCGGCUUAUUACUCUCAUCAACGGCUAAAGUUGAAAAAUGUGUAACUCAGAUUGCGACACUGUAAGUCUCUGCUUAAGUUCUAUUUUAUUGAAGGGAAAGUAAUCAACAGUUCUUAUUGAAAUUUUUCGAUUCGUUUCCUACCAGAAAAUAAAAAAUAAUAGGAUAUUUCCCACUUUGGAACACUUUGAAUUGGUCUUUCUCAAAAUUACAUAAGUUCUAAAAAUCAAAAUAUGAAAAAAAAAAAAACCAGUGAAAACUGUUUUAAAUUACCCAUUCUAAAGAUCUAGGCGCAAAAAUACUAGAACGAUUUAUUAAUCAAUCACAUUCUAAAUUAAUUUAAGAUUUAGAAUGAGACAAGUUAGGUAUCUAGUUUCUAAUGUUUUUCUCGCAUUUUCAUUUGUGGUGCUUAAGUAUUUUUGAGAAUGACUAAUGCAAUUGAGUUACGUAUUUUUCACAUUCAGUCCUUGAUAUUCUGUUUGAAAUGCAACUAUCUACAAGAUGCUCAUGGAGAAGGACCGACUCUGAGUUAAGGAUUUGUUAGAGGGUCAGAGCUCACUCAUUUUUAAUCAAAAAUUGUGAUAUACUAAUCAUCUGUCGUUAAUUUGUUAGAUGGACUAGGUAUUAAUUUUUAAGUAUAGAUUGUUGUAUGUUGGAUCUCUGGAUGUUGUAAAUUGUAAUUAUUCAUACUUUUCAAAGUACUAUGUCUCCCUGAUGAGAAGUGAAUGCCCCCUCUCUCAGAUGUUUGAUGAAGGUAUCAUCCUAAGUAAAAUUUCAUGUCGGAUGACUCGGUAUUGUUUUAUCCAUUUGCCGCUUUAACCUUCUUUUUGUAUCCUUUUUAUACAUAUUUUGUACCUUUGAAAUACUCAUCUAAGAUUCUUUUGUAUCUAUGUUUCGUUUGUCUCAGUUCUUCUAUCUUUUGUAAUUAAUUAAUUCAAAAUAACGUGAUGAAGAUGUUAGUUUGUACCUAAGUUGUUUUUGUUUGUAUUGUAGUUGCUUUAUGAUGUUACAUAUUUGUUCAGAUAUAUUAGUUAUUUGUAAGACAAAUAUUUUGAUCAGUAUUUUGGUUUGUGUGACUGACACAAAAUAAUUUCAAAUUUGAUUCGAUUUAUAAAAAUAAAAUUGAUCUAAAUUCUGA